AUGUCGUCAUCAGUAGCAUUGUUUCUCAAUCUUUCUCAACAAAUUACUUUAUAUAUGAAUAUUCCGAUUUUAAUUGUUGGUGUUAUUGGUGGAAUAUUUAAUCUCAUAGUAUUUCUUAGUCUUAAAACUUUUCGAAAAAAUUCAUGUUCAUUCUAUUUAAUGAUUAUGUCAUGGGUUAAUAUUGGUCAGUUAGUUACUGGUAAUUUUACUCGAAUAAUGAGUGUUGGAUAUAAUAUUGAUUGGACACAAAGUUCAUUAUUUUAUUGUAAAUUCAGAUGGUAUUUUAUUCAAAUAUGUACAUUAACUUCAUAUGCAUGUUUAUGUUUUGCAACAAUUGAUCAAUAUUUAGCAACAUCAACUCGUUAUCGAUGGCAACAAUGGAGUAAUAUUAAAUUAGCAUAUUAUCUUUGUUCAGCAGCUGUUAUUUUUUCAAUGUUACAUGGAAUUCCUUCGUUUAUUUUUUAUAAUUAUGGUAAUUCAAUAAUUACAACUCAACCUGUUUGUAUUAUACCUAAUACUGUCUAUCAACGAUACAGAACUUAUGGUUAUUUUUUAGUACUAGCAGGUUUUUUACCCGUUUUUAUUACUGUUCUUUUUGGAACAUUGGCAUAUAGAAAUGUUCAACAAUUAGCUUAUCGAACUGUUCCACUUGUUCGACGUGAAUUAGAUAAACAAUUAACAACUAUAGUUCUUGUUCAAGUUGUUUUUAGUUUUAUUGUUAUUAUGCCUUAUAACAUAUAUGUGACAAUAACACCUAUCAUAAAUUUACAAGUUGAUUUAGAUAUUGCUGCCAAAUUACAGUUUAUUGAAUCUUUAACUGGAGGUAUUUACUAUUCAUAUUUUGCAGCUCCAUUUUAUAUUUAUGUUUUGGUAUCGAAACGAUUUCGACAACAACUACUUUAUGUGCUUAAUCCUGCUUUUAUUAACUUUGCUAGACGUCCACCAAUAAUUAGUAAUAAUCAAGUAGUACCAGAACUUAAUGGAAGUUAA